AUGGCGUUUUCAUUAACGAAGCGAAUGAUGUACGAGGAGGAAUCCGAAGGAGUCACGGGAGGCGCCUCGUUGAGGUAUCAGCCGAAGAGAAUGACUCCACAAAGCGGAUACACCUUUAAUAGAAUUUCCAACUUCCCGCGCAUCGAACUGACAACAGACGAGCUGAUUGAGUCGACCGGAAAGACCACCUUCACCAUUAACGAGGUCAAGCAACUUGUCACCACUUCAAACCUAAUCAACGAGCGAAGGAUGCGUGACGAAUACGAACAAAUUCUCUCCACAAAAUUGAAGGAACAGUUCGAGUCGUUCUCCACAUACCAGAGGGAUUACGUCGCCAAACAGUAUGGUGAGAACGAGUCGUCUUACAUUAUGUAG